GUCGAAUAUGGAGACGAUUACGCAGGGAGUCGUAUGAAGCUCUCGCGUGCCGAUGUCGAGGUUUGCCUUGACGGACGGGAGCAGCUCGUGGAUGAGUUUCUUCGUCAUCGGAUCAGGAGGGUCUUGUUUCCCAACUACUCACCAUGUGUUUGCGCCUUUCAAGGAACCAUCGAAGUGUUCGCAAACCAGGAAUUUGAUCAUUGACAGACAUUGGGGCAAUCGGUUACCCACAAGGACGCACCUUAUGCAGAUUUGGAGGAAAUUCGAGAAAAGAUGUGAUAGAAGCUUGGCGAAGAAUUCUCGACACCAGACUGGCCCAUGGAAGGUGAUCUCGAAGAAUUGAUGGAGCCAAAGCGUUAGAGUAUAUAAUAUAUUAGGCUGUUACCCAUUGUCUAGGUAUUCAUGUCGAGUUGUUGACGAGAUGUUUUUUGCGCGC